GCGAUGCCAUUUUUGAAACUACCACCCACUUCCAUAAAGAUAAGGAUACAAUCCGGAUGUUGUAUAAUAGGUUGUCAUUCGAAACGCAUAGGAAAUAUGGAAAAGUUUCCUCAGAGAAAAACGGCGUCGUUCGGAAAAUGGUCAGAGCUACUGGGAAUCACAACUGAGGAAGCAACUAACCUUCCCCUGUAUAUUUGUCGGAGGCAUUUCGCAACAACAGAUUACGUAACAGUUCGUUCUCGAUAUUUGAAAAUGAACGCUAUUCCCUCCCAGAACAUCGUGAGGAUGAUUAAAAUGCCAUAUAUGGAUCGAAGGAAAGUGAGGGAUUUGCCGACUCAAGCAUAUCUGACAGAUCACAGUUAUUGCAAGGAAGACUUGAAACCAAGAAGCAAUCGAUGUUGUUUUGUGCCAGGAUGUUCUAUAAAAAGUUCGAAAGGGAUAUUCUUGCACAAAUUUCCAGAGAAUAAGACAAUAGCGGAGGCCUGGAGACAUGCCAUCAAAUCAGUACACAAACCGACUCAGAAUUCCUUCAUUUGCAGCCAACACUUUCAUCAAAGUGAUUAUGUAUCAGGACGAAAUUUAUUGAAGAAUGGUGCUGUGCCUUGCCGCAAUUUACCUUCAACACUACUGGAGAAAACUCAAUCAGCACGAAGUAGUAAUAAUCCAUAUUUGCGAGCAUUCAGAAGUUUUCGGAAUCCAAAACCUACCUGUCCUUAUCGCGCCCUCGAUAGUAUAUCCAACGAGGAAGUGAAUCCCGUUAUUACAGCACAAACCAUGAGCAACAAAUCUAACGAUGAUAGCGCAGCAACAAAGGAAGAUAGUUGUCGGGAUUUUCCUACAGAUACAUACAAUAACGAAGGAUGUGAGGAAAAGGUGUCGUUUUUGUCAGAACUUCCUUUCUACGAAACCACUGAAAGAAUCUUUUUUAUUUAUUGUCGUCAAACAAGAGUAGACCGUUUUGUUACAACGAUAAAAUAUAGUAUACACUUAAAACAUAAAAUACUAAUAACUAAACUAAACACUAUCUGGUUUACAUAGCACUACUUUAGGAUGUUCUUUAUAAGCGAAUAGAAUUGAAAUAUUUUUUUAAUUUGCUUUUUGUCAUUGUUAAGUCAAUAGCUUCGCAGUGCUUGUUGUAAGUUGCCAUCAUCUGAUUUAAUGGUCCAAACUUGGCAUAAUUUGUACGAUAAUUGUUUGUUAUAAAUGUAUUUCGGAUUCGUAACUGCCGGGAAGGUAUAUAAAAAUUAAGUUUAGAUAGAAGUUCGACUGAAUCAAU